AUGGACAUGAAGGAGGAGGGGCACGGGGCUCUCGUGGGUAGUAACCGCACCGGCGACGGCGAGGAGGACAUCAACGUCUUGGUCGCCGAUGUGGCCGUGGAGGAGAACGAGCAAGAGAUCGUUGCGGCGGAUAUUCCAACAACUCAGGAGGCGGCGGCCGUCGCUCGCAUCCGCAGCAUCAACCAGGAGGCGGCGGAGGAGUUGGCCAAGGAGAUGGAAGCCGCGAGUUUGAUUGAUUAA